AGACCCUUCAGACAACUACGAACAGAAAACAAUAACCGGAAAAUUCUCAUCGUGCAUUAUUAUACUCGAGUGAACCAUCAAAUCAUCUCCGGAUACCUCGAUCCGCCAAGAUUCUUCGUGGCAAAUUGAAAGAGCAGGGCAGCCGAGCAGUGGCGAAACUCGCAACGACAACAACGAUCAAAAGCUUCGGCACCAAAUUGCAGGGACCAAGACAAGAUAUCAGAAAAUCGAGUAUUUGGGGUUUGACAGCUGGAUUUCCCGGGAAGCAAAUCAUGGGUUCUACACAAGACGACACUCAGCAAGGGGCGAAGAAGAUUGUUAUCGUCGGUGGUGGUAUCAUCGGUAGCACAACGGCUUACUAUCUCUCGCACCACCCCUCAUUCAACCCGUCUAGAGGCGACAGCAUCACGCUCUUGGAAGCGACUAAGAUUGCAGGUGGCGCGAGUGGAAAGGCUGGUGGUCUUUUGGCGCUCUGGGCGUAUCCGAGAUGUAUUGUUGGUUUGAGUUAUCGGUUACACAAAGAGCUUGCGGAGAAGCACAACGGCUCUGAGCGAUGGGGCUAUCGCGGAGUGAACUGUGGCCAACUUGAUAUGCGUGGCGUUUUGUCACCUCCACAAUCAUCAUCAGGGAACACCAAAGCCGAGACCGAUGACUCAGCUGCCUCCAAUGUUUCCCUUCAAAAGCGCUCAGACAAGGCUCUUGCGCUUCUCCACGCCGCAGGCAUACCCAAGGAUCUCGAUUGGGUUGCCCCCGAAGGAGUCCAAGGCUACGAAUCCAUGGGCGAUCCCAGCACAACCGCACAAGUGCACCCCUACAACUUCACGACGAGCAUGGCGCAGCUAGCGGAAGAGAAAGGCGUCCGCAUCGUCUACGGAAGCGCAACGAAGAUCGAAAAAGCCGGAGGCAAAGUGACAGGCAUCUCUUACCGUCCCAAAACCUCAUCUUCAGAAGACCAAACAGUAGCACCAGAAGAAAAGCUAGAAGCAAACGCUGUAAUUCUGACCGCCGGUCCAUGGACUCCGACAGUCUACCCUUCCGUCCCCAUCUCUGCCUUACGCGCCCACUCCGUCACCAUCCGCCCCUCCCGUCCCGUCUCAGCAUACUGCCUCUUCACCUCCAUCUCUCUUCCUAAACCCAACUCCAAGCGCACUACAACAGCAACCCCAGAAAUAUAUGCCCGCCCUACAAAUGAAAUCUACGCUUGCGGCGAAGGCGACACACUCGUCCCCUUACCUUCCUCGUCAUCCGAGGUCGAAACAGACAUCUCCCGCUGCAACGACAUCGUCACGCAAGUACAAGCCAUCAGCCCCGAGUUGCGCGAUGGCGAAGUGUUGGUGCGGCAAGCGUGUUAUCUACCAAACGUGGAUAGCAGGAAAGGCGAGGGACCGAUCAUCGGGGAGUCUUCGAAGGUGAAGGGGCUGUUCAUUGGGGCUGGACAUACGUGUUGGGGGAUUCAGAAUGGGCCGGGGACGGGGUUGUGUUUGAGUGAGUUGGUGUGGGAGGGCAAAGUUAAGAGCGCGAGGAUUGAGGAGUUGGGAUGUAAGCAGUUGGGCGUGUGAGAGUGAUGCGGUAUGGUAUCUGAUGUGGAUAGACGAAAGGUGAGCGGUUGGAGGUUGGGUAUUCUUGGGAGCGGAUUGGGGGGCAAAACGGCACGAUAUUGAUUUACAUGGCUGUAUAUACUGAACAACCAAUUUUGUAAGAUUCCUUUCGCACUACUCAUCUAUAAGUUGACCCUCUCGGUCUCAAUACCAUGGAGAAUUUAAACUCAACAUUGAAAUCCAAACCUCAACUUCUGCCCUGGCCAUUCCAGGAUUUAAAAAGCAGAAACACUUCUUGUCAAUCAACCAUCAACACACAAUGCAUCCCCACUCCAUCCCCCUAAACCCCCUCGAAUCAAUCUCAAUCGAGAAAAAAAGAAACAAAAUACCCCCAAAACCACCAACCCAUAAAGAG